AUGGCGUCUAAAGGAAGUGUCACAUUCAACAUUCUCGCUGCCACUGCAGCUCUUGUAGUAGCCAAUGUGAUUCGUAUGAGAGUGUUGCCCAUCGAUUUUAAAUCAAAAAAUGUUUUGGAAUAUCCAAACGAGUCGCUCUAUAAUUUUACGGAAUUAGCAAACAGAUAUGGAUACCAUUCAGAGGAGCAUACAGUUGUGACAGAGGACGGAUACAUCUUGAACGUAUUUAGGAUUAACAGCGGGGAUUGUGACGGCAGAAUGAAAGGGCCUCCUGUGGUUCUUAUGCACGGAUUACUACUGAGUUCUGAUGCUUGGUUAGACGCUGGUCCCGAGGCAGGCCUGGCAUAUCUAUUGGCUGAUUCCUGCUACGAUUUAUGGGUUGGAAACCAACGGGGCAACUAUUACGCCAGAAGACACCUGACUCUUAACCCUGAUAAAGAUCCAUCUUUUUGGGAUUUCUCCAUCGAUGAAAUUGGAUUCUACGAUAUUCCAGCGACUAUUGAUUACGUGUUAAGAAAUACAGGAUUUGGUAAAUUAAACUAUAUUGGAUACUCUCAAGGUGCCGGCACAUUUUUUGUAAUGUGUUCCGAACGUCCAGGAUAUUGCAACAAAGUGAAUGUAGUAAUUGGAUUAGCACCGGCGGCCAGACAAACUCACACCAAAUCAAUGGCUUACAGAUUAUUAGCUACAAGUAUAUCAGCUUUAGAGGAUCCCUUAUCACAAAGUGGUUUUAGGGAAAUAUUUUUCAAAACAUCACCUCUGCAAGAGAUAGCAAAAUUCAUCUGCCAAGUGAGAUUUCUUUCUGAACCACUGUGCGGUAAUUUCAUUUCUGGGUUUUUUGACUCCUACCAUCCGGGAUCGAUCACCAACCGGACUCUGGGUAUGAUGUUUAGCCAUUUUCCUGCAGGAACUUCGCUUCACACCAUGGCCAGAUAUGGACAGAGCAUGCAGACGGAUCAAUUCCAAAAAUUUGACUAUGGUGCAGCGAGGAAUAUGAAAAAAUAUGGUUGUAAGGAACCACCGAAAUAUAAUUUAAGUUCUGUUACCCCACCUAUGGUUAUCUUAUAUGGUCGAAAUGAUCAUUUGGUGGAUACUAAGGAUGUAUACUGGUUGGUAGAUGAAUUGCCAAAUGUGCUAGAGGUAGAAGAAGUGGCUGAUCCACUGUGGAACCAUUUUGAUGUAGCGUACAGUCAAUAUGUAAAUCAAAGGAUAUUCCCAACAGUUUAUAAGUAUUUGGAGCACUUUAGCACAACUUGAAGACCAAGCAGGCUGAAUGUUUUCACAGAAAGUAUAUUCUAGAGAAGCAAGCUAGAAGCAAGCAAAUGUGUACCAUUGGGAUCUGAAGACUCACAAGCAUAUUUUGAAUAGCAGUGAAUGAGACACAUUGUGUAAAGAUUUACUAACUUCUACAGAUGAUGUCAGUUUUAUAGUUGGAUACGUAUUUGGUGCUUUGGAAUAGAAUCAUUUAUAUUCAUUCAAAAUACCGGAACAGGAUAUCCGAAUAAGUCUAUUUUCAAUUAAGUUUAACGUUCUUAGAAUGAUGGCAAACGUGUUGUAUUUUAUUGUCAAAUGGGCCUUGAAUAGUUUAUAUGGACGCAAUAAUGUUCACAAAAUGCAUAGAAUAAAAUCAGGUAUUCAAUUAAAUAAUGAUAUUGCUAUAAAUUAAUUAUCUACGCGUCUCAAUUGAGCUACUGGAAGCUAAUAAGAGUUAGCAAAAUUCCGUCAGCGAAACAGCCUAACUAUGAGAAACUUUUACCUAGUCUGUGCUAGAAGUUUCUAGAAAGGCUAAGGAGCAUCUUUAGCGGAGAUACAGCAAAGUAAAGGCAAGCAAAUCCAUUGUUACUGUAACAGAUUUUGAUUAACAGAUCGUAAACAGUCAGCCACGCUUGGAAUUAGCUUUAGUAUUUUGAACAUGAAAAUAGCUAAGGCUCACAUUGAAAAUUCAUAAUUGGUCACACAUUGGUGCUGUCAGGUCUCUGCCUCCACGAAAUGAUAGUUCUUACUACACGUUUAUAUUUAGUAUUAUCAAUAUUGUUGUUAUGUUAUAAAUAAAUGCUUAAAUCAUCCUUAUUUGAAGAGUAUUGUUAAAGAAAUGAAGUAUUGGUUUCGUUUGGCUACUCGUUAAGCAACACAAAAAUUCAAAUAAAUAUUUUAAUUCAAAAUAGGAUAGUGUUUGGAGUCAUAGUCUGAGAAUGUUAUUACAUGUUAAUAUGUUAUACUUAAUGAUUUUCGCUUUAAAAACAAUUUUCUAGAAUGAUAUAUGUUCUCGAAAGUUAUAUGUAACUUGGUAGUCUUUGAAUAAAACUGGAUUACCUUAUUGCGUCAUUUUCCCUCUUCCUUACUGCAAAACAACUAUAUUAUAAUAAAAACAAAAAUCAUUGUUACUUACAAAAUUUAAACACUAUUUAAAUUCGUGCUAAUAACGUUUUUUUUAACGUUCACGUUGAAUUUAGAUAUUGAUAAUAAAAGGCAUAAAAAGGCAUUUAUUUUCUCAAAAUUGAUUCCUUUGAAUUCUUUUUGAAUUCUUUUAAUUGUAGUAAAAUCAAACUAUUCAGUAUUUUGUGUAUUAGCUAUAAUUUAUAAAUAUACUUAAAGGCUAGAUGAUGAU